CUUCUCUUUGGCAUCCGCCGCCCAUUUACUCAAUGGAAUGCCAUUUCAGUUAUCCGGAAUGCUGGUGUUGUUUUUUUUUCCUCCUUUAAAAAAUAUUCAUCAGAGAUCAUAAACAAGAACUAGUCACGCUACAUGCCCCCCUCCCUCCAACGUGGUGGAGUGAGGGCAGGACACCUCCAACUGAAUCAGCAUCAUCCACGGCUUUUGAUUCAAACUCUGACGUGGCUGAAUGUAAAAUGCAUGGGGGGGGUGCACUUGAACCCCAGAGUGAGUGGGUGGGUCGGGGAGACCAAGCAGGCUUUCCAAAUGCUUAAUGUAAUCAUGGGCCAGCUGCGUGCACUUGUAAAGUUGUUAUAACCCCCUCCUUGUUAUAAACAGGAAAGCGCAGAAUAUAAAGCAAGAGACCCGCAUUCACAAAUACCAGCUCUCCCCAGCCAGCUGCCAAAUUCCCCUUUUAUGGUCUUUCUUGCUUGCAACCUCAGCCCCAUUAGAAAGACCUUAGUUUCUCCCCCUGAACUUUCCAAUCGGGUUUAUUUUGAAACCUCCCUCAACUGAGCUGUGGACCAGGUAACCCACGCCCUACCCAGCUCCCUGGCACCAUAGGUGUGGGCUUCAGGAAAAGCUGGGCUCCAGGAUCCUCUUCCCUGGGUCCCCAGGAGCCCUGGAGGUCAAGGCUUGCUGCCUCUGGGAUACUAGCCCCUAGCAAGGGCCGUGAUUCCGCGGGGCAAGCCCAGGGUCUGCUCCCUUGUCUCAUCAGACUCCCAAACCUCUCUGAUGGAGCCGCCUCUCCGCACAACAGAUGUAAAAGCUUGCAAAGAUCUAGGAAGGCAUCCGGUGAGACUGUGCCAUCUCUACACCUCCUACGAAGCCUGGGAGAAGAAAAGACCUUUUGUGGGAGGCCGGGCUGUUGCGGGGGCUCCCCCAGGUCAGGGGUAAAACUCACCCCUGCGCUCCGCCCCCCAUCCCCACCUCUCCUUCCAGGCCCCGCAGACCCCGCUCCCAGGCACCGGGGCCCACAUCCUGCCUCGCUGACUGUGUGUGCUCACAGCGUCAAGGGGUGGACGUGAUAUUUCAAACAUCAGAUCAGUGCGUUUAUAUAUUGGGUGCCCGGAAAUUUUUCCAAAUAAACACAGCUUGAUUCAACUUGGGUGGGCGGACUUAUCAACAGACUAAUUCUAUAAACAAAUGAAGGAAUAGCCCCGAAACCGAUUGGCUGGUAUCAAAAAGACACGUGGAGGGAAAAGCUUGGAGUUUUUCAGCAAUGAAAUUUUAAUUAAUGUGGGUGGGCUGAGAACACAACGACUGUUUAUCAUAGACAAUUUAUUUUCCAGCGCUAAGUCAACAUAUAAUAGCAAACUUACAACAAUUAUUUAACAUUUUUAAAGCCAUGAAGAAGGGACAGAGCGUGGAGCGGCCGGGGAGAGCGGCAGAGCGGGAGGCAGACGCACGGCAGGCUCCCCGGGAGGGUCCUUGCGGCGCGGGGCGCAGUCCCUAAGCCGCCCGGGCCCCUGGCCUCGCGGGGAGCUCAGCGCCGGCGCGCGCUCGCCAUGAGCCACCUCUUCAGCCCCCGGCUGCCGGCGCUGGCGGCCUCGCCCAUGCUCUAUCUGUAUGGCCCCGAGAGGCCCGGGCUGCCUCUGGCCUUCGCCCCCGCCGCCGCCCUGGCGGCCACGGGCCGGGCAGAGCCCCCCCAGAAGCCGCCCUACAGCUACAUCGCGCUCAUAGCCAUGGCGAUCCAGGACGCGCCCGAGCAGAGGGUCACCCUCAACGGCAUCUACCAGUUCAUCAUGGACCGCUUCCCCUUCUACCACGACAACAGGCAGGGCUGGCAGAACAGCAUCCGCCACAACCUCUCGCUCAACGACUGCUUCGUCAAGGUGCCCCGCGAGAAAGGGCGGCCGGGCAAGGGCAGCUACUGGACGCUGGACCCGCGCUGCCUGGAUAUGUUCGAGAACGGCAACUACCGUCGCCGGAAGAGGAAGCCCAAGCCGGGCGCCGGGGCCCCGGAGACCAAGCGGUCUCGUGCGGAGACGCCAGAGCGCACGGCAGAGGCGCAACAGGCGGGGAGCGGGGCAGGGCGCCCCAGCCCCGCGACCCCCCGCCACGAGGGAGCGCCCUCGCGCCCCUGGCCCCUCCGGGAGGGCUCCUCGCCGGCGUCUCUCCUCUGCCCCGGGCUCGAGUCCCCAGAGGUGGAUGCGGGGGGCGGCGCUGUCCAGGUCGCCGCGGCGGUGGCGGCGGCGGUGGGCCAGCAGGCGCGCCCGGUGGACCGCCCGGGGACCCCUGCGCGCCCCGCCUGCCGCAGCUCUCCGAGGAGCUCCGACAAGUCCAAGAGCUUCAGCAUAGAUAGCAUCCUGGCGGGACGGCAGGGCCAGAAGCCGGCGCAGGGCCGAGCUCGUGGGGAGUGCAAAGCAGAUCAAGGCGGCUGUUUGAGGACCUCGCUGCUGGCCGCCUCCACUAGCUCUGUCCGCCUUCAACGCUCGCUAAUGCUAGAACCGCACGUCCAGGGCGACUUCUACCAGCUCGGGAUCCCUUUCCUCUCCUACUUCCCUCUGCAGCUCCCCGACGCCGUGCUUCACUUCCAGUGAGGCGGCCCAGAGGAGCCGCUCCUCCCCUGUCUGCCCUGGUCUGGGCUUCUCCGGAGUCACCAUGGCUCCCCGCUGCUGGGGGAAGGAGUCUUAAAAAACAACAACAACAAACAUCUUUUUCUUCGCGGCGGUGUGGAUCCUGGGAAGUGUUUCCAACUUAUGCGCGCAGGUGUGUGUGUGUGGGGGGGGGGGGGAUGGGGGGGCGCUUCUUGGAGGGGACCUUCCCCGGACCUGGACGCCUUCGGAUAUUUUAAAAGAUCCUGCCCCGCAGGGAGUUUGGGCAUCUCAGACCUCCCACCGCGGGAGGAGAAUUCCUUGACCUGAGGUCAGUUUAAAGGUGUGAUCUUCGGCCACCCACCACAGGUCCUGCGUGUCUGGGGCACACGAAGGCCAGACACCCCGAAGGCAGGACGGCGGGAGGAAGAGUGGUGGCUACCCCUUGCCCUUGCCAGCUCCAUCGUCGCUGUGACUGGGGCCUGGGCUCCCACAGGUCUGGGAGAUAGGUGGGUGCUCACAGCUGGGUUUGUCCCGGAAGUCCAGUUGUGGGGACACCGAAGUGACCCUGUUUUUCAGGUUCUUUGCCAGAUCUAAGCCCUGGUGAGAGGAUUCCCAACCAAUGUCCAGCUGGAAGAUGAGGAACCACAUUUUUAUUUUAAAUAGAGAAGCUUUCUUUCUUUUUUUUUUUCUUUCUAGACAGGAAAAGAAACAUGUUCUAUUCUUUGGCUAAACACUUGACUCUUUUUACUAUAACAAUUGCUCUGUGAAAACAUUUAUAUUAACAACUGUUAAGGAAGUGCACUCUAUAUAAUUUAGCAUUAGUCAUUAGUCAACAUACAUGUUCUCCAACGCACAUUACCAGCCAUAGCAGUAGUCCGAUCUCUUUACUUUUGUUUUUAAGGGAGCAAAGAUUUCAGGGGGGGACCGGAAGUGUGUGAAGAGGAGGGAAGAUGUCGCAGACAACAUAAGAUUUCCUAUUUUCAUGUCUUCUUCAAGAUCUAGGUUUAACUGCUUUUACAUUUCCAGAAUUGGGUAGUGAAGGACUACCAUCGUCAAAAAAGUUGGGUGAACAAACACAUGAAAAGCAGGCAAAGGGAGAGAUGGGUUAGGGGCGGAAGAGUAAGGGAAUCUGCUGGUGGCCCCUCUCUGGAACCAUAGAACAUAAGGCAUGCUGGGAGGAUUCUUGUAGACAUUCCCAGCCCACUGCGUCCCAGUCUGCAACGUGACCCCGUUCCUCCCUCCAACCCCUACCAAGCAGACCCAGAGCUGAAGCUAAAUAAACCCAUCAUGGAGGUGACUGGAAGUCUGGUGGGAGGGGUGGGUUGCAAGGCAGGGGUCUGCAGCAAAGAUCUAGUUAAGAAAAUUGAGAUUUUUUAAAAAAGAAAAUUGAGAUUUUUACAGUCCAGUUCAGCUCGGGGCUUUUGGAAAAUGGACCUAACCUCUGUGGUAUCUCGCUUUGGGUUAUCUUAGGAGUUCUGAAAGCCGAUCUCCUGAACCUCCAAGUUACUUUAAUUUUAUCUGAUGUGGGAUAGGCACAAUAUGUCAUAUGUUCUGGAGGUGGGCUGCGAUAGGUCUUCAAAAUGACCUUUAAAUAGUUUCUAGGACUUAUAUAAAAAUGAACACGAACUUUACAUUAAGAGAGCCUAUUGGCUAAUAUGUUGGAAAGGACAUUUAGGAGAAGCCUAAUAAUUUAAUAAUUUGUGGGCACAGAGUUGACUGUCUGAGAAUUCAUCCUUAAAGCUAUGUGCUACUGACUCAUACAUGCUUCCCUGACGGCAUUCUACCCAGGCUGGUGGGAACACAUUAGUGAGCUGCAGAGCGCCCUUGCCGUUAAGGACGUGGAUGAGAUUUCAUUGCUGAGAUCUAGGCUCACUGUGAUUGAUUUAAAAUGUGGCAGAAGGGCUGCCAUUGGCUAUUUUGUUAUCCCAAAGUCUCAGCCUCUGUGAAUAAAGUUGUUUUUUUUAUUAA